AUGGAGCGGCUCAUCCUCACCCAUCUCCGCUCCGUGGUCAGCCCCACCCUGGACCCGCUGCAGUUCGCCUACAGACCCAACAUCGGAGUAGAGGACGCCGUCAUCUACUUCCUGCAGCGGACGCUCUCCCACCUGGAGCCCGCCGGGAGCGCUGAGUACAGCUGGUUCCCCUCUGCUCCUCUGGGACUCUCUGGACUCACACGCUGCAGAAGCCGCGGUCCUGGAUGUGUUGCUGGUUUGCGGGUCUUCGGUUCUACAAUGACCAGUGGGGUUCCGGGCUCAAACUUCCUCCUGGUGCCGAUCCCAGAGUACCCACUGCUAGACUGUGUUCCCAACCGGACCGUGAAACUUGUGGUGCUGGGGGCCAGCGGCGUCGGCAAAACCGCCCUGAUCGUCCGCUUCCUGACCAAACGCUUCAUCGGAGACUACGAGCCCAACACGGGGGCGCUGUACUCCAGGACUUUGGAUUCUGAGGACUUGUCUCUUCAGAUCCAGGACACGCCGUGUGUCUCUCUGCAGGACGACGAAGGCCUUUACUGCCAGGAGCAGAUCAACAGGUCUAUUUACUGGGCGGAUGGAUACGUGCUGGUGUUCUCCAUCACAGACCUGCGCAGCUUCCACACGGUGCAGCCGCUUUACCAACACGUGCGGCGCAUCCACCCGACCGGAAACAUCCCGGUGAUUCUGGUGGGGAAUAAGAGUGACCUGCUGAGAGCGCGGCAGGUUCCAUCUCAUCAGGGAGAGACGCUCGCCACAACACUGGGGGGCGUGUACUUUGAGGCGUCGGCCAGAGAAAACCAUGUGAGCGUCCACGGCGCCUUCCUGCACCUGUGCCAUGAGGUGAUCCGCUCGUUCGGUUCUGCUAACGGGGAAAAGCGGCGCGGCGGACUCCACUUAGCACGACCCAAGUCUCCGAACAUGCAGGAGCUGAAGAGGAGGUUCAGGCAAGUGCUGUCGUCCAGGUCCAAGUCUGGGCCCACGCUGUGA